GCUAACGCGCAUGCGCCGAACAGCUCCGCUUCAACCUCAGUCUGUUUGGGAUGAAACUAGCUAACAUGCUAACUGACUGAUUAACGGAUUAAACUCGGGAAUUUCGGGCACCAAAAGUUUUGACAACUCCAGGAUUUUUUUAAUAGUCUGCGCUGAAAUGAUGGGCAAGUCGGAGAAAGAUGGACAUUUCUACUGUUUUGUAUGGUCUUGAUCAGCCAGGACGUGUUUGGACUAUCACUGGAUUAUCAGGAAUCUCAGUCAGGGGAAGACUUUAACAUGGGUUGGGACAAAGGCAGAGUUCCAGGGAUGGUCCUGUAAACCUCAUCAUUAGCAUGAAAGAGAGAGGUUUUCAUCAACUCAGGGUCAAGUGGUGAGAUUUCGCCGGCCGUGGGGCUUCGCGUCCAGAAAGAGGAAGGUCAAAUGUCACGCGUCCUUACUCCUCCUCCUCCCCCUCCUCCUCCUCCUCCACCUCCUUCUCAGGGAGAGAUGAGCAGUGGCCCUGUGGCCGAGAGCUGGUGCUACACACAGGUAAAAGUAGUGAAAUUUUCCUACAUGUGGACCAUUAAUAACUUCAGUUUCUGUCGAGAAGAGAUGGGUGAAGUACUGAAAAGCUCCACCUUCUCUUCAGGUCCCAGCGACAAGAUGAAAUGGUGCCUCAGAGUAAACCCAAAAGGACUCGAUGAUGAAAGUAAAGACUACCUGUCACUGUAUCUUCUCCUGGUGAGCUGUCCAAAAAGUGAAGUGCGUGCAAAGUUUAAGUUUUCUUUACUCAACGCUAAGCAAGAGGAGACUAAAGCUAUGGAAAGCCAAAGAGCCUAUCGAUUUGUUCAAGGCAAAGACUGGGGCUUCAAAAAGUUUAUUAGAAGAGAUUUUCUCCUCGAUGAAGCUAACGGCCUUCUUCCAGACGACAAGCUCACUCUGUUCUGUGAGGUGAGUGUAGUGCAGGACUCUGUAAAUAUCUCAGGUCAGUCGAACACAAACGUGCUGAAAGUUCCUGAGUGCCAACUGUCAGAUGAUCUGGGAAACCUGUGGGAGUGUUCACGCUUCACUGACUGUACACUGUGUGUUGGGGGGCAGGAGUUCAAGGCCCACAAAUCCAUCCUGGCAGCGAGAUCUCCGGUGUUCAAUGCCAUGUUUGAGCACGAGAUGGAGGAGAGCAAGAAGAACCGGGUGGACAUCAGCGACGUCGAGCCAGAUGUCUUCAAAGAAAUGAUGGGGUUUAUAUACACGGGGAAAGCACCGAAUCUGGAGAAAAUGGCCGACAGUUUGUUGGCAGCAGCUGAUAAAUACGCUCUGGAGCGUUUAAAGGUGAUGUGUGAGGAGUCUCUGUGCAGCAGUCUGUGUGUGGAGAACGUAGCCGACACGCUCAUCCUCGCCGACCUGCACAGCGCCGAGCAGCUCAAAGCUCAAGCCAUCGAUUUUAUCAACAGGUGCAGCGUUCUCCGACAGCUGGGGUGCAAGGAUGGAAAAUACUGGAAUAGCAAUCACUCUGCAGAUAUAAUGGAGACUCCGGGCUGGAAGGCAAUGAUCCAGUCUCAUCCUCACUUAGUGGCCGAAGCUUUCCGCGCUCUCGCCUCGGCUCAGUGCCCUCCGUUCGGCUUGCCCAGGAAGAGGCUCAAACAGUUCUGAUCUCUUUCUCUCUCUCUCACUCUCACUCACUCUCUCUCUUUCUUUCUUUCUGUUUCAGCUCGGGGAAGGAAUUGAGACAACAUGAACUCUUACUGCUCUCACUGAUGCAUCACUUCACUCUCACUCUUGAUUCUUUUUUUUUUUUCACCCCAUCGUCUUUCUUUCUUUCUCCGUCUGUAUUAUUUCCUCAUCUCCCUCACUUUAUCCUUAUCUUUUCUUUUUCUCUCUCUCCAUCAUCCAUUUACAUUUGUUUUCCUCACGUUCUCCCUUUUUUUUUUUACCUCAGUUUGUCUUACUUUACCUCUGUCUUCUCAUUUUAAAUUUAUCCAUUCAUCUCUCUCUUUCUUUUCAGUCUCAUCAGUCUCCUUUUUACUUUAUUCAUUUUCAUUCAUCUCUCUCUCUCGCUCACUCACUUUCGUUUCUUCCUUAAUCACUCUUUGUCUUUUCUUCUCUUUCAUUCUCACUUGAUUGCCUUUAGGCUUACAGCCUUUCACUUCUGUUUAUUUUAACCAUUUCCCUUAUCCUUUCUUUUUCUUUUACACACACACACACACACCUUCUUACUUAUCUCGUGACUUUUUUCCAAAUUUCUCUCUCUGACACACACACACACACACACUUUCUCUUUUUGACACUUGAUCUAAAUCCAGAGAUGAGCGUGUGAGAGGAAAAGCUAUAACAAUUAUAACUGUUCCCACACAAUAUGUUCAGUCUCAGAGCUUUAUUUUCCACAUUUCUUGCCCUCCCUCUCUCUUUAUCUCUCUCUCUAUCUUUCUCCCCCCCCCCCCUCCCCUUCUCGUGCCUGCCUCAUCCCAAACAGCCCGGGCCGUUUCUUCGUUCCGUUGGUUUCUUCUCCUCCUCGCCUUUUGCACUAGUUCCCUGGGUCCAGCUGUUUUGAUAUGAUGUGUAAAAGGUUUGUUUAAAGCAGAUAACAUUGUGAUGUUAUAUAAAUGUUUGGCCCGUUUUCGUGACUAGACAUUUGAGAUGAUCAGUGAAACAGAUCAUGCCCCAUAUUGAUGGCACUAUUUCUAUGUAAAGGACUUGACUUAUAUUUGAAAAUGUAAAUACUUUAAUGUUUUUUUUUUUUUUUUUGAGGGGGACGUUGGAGAUGUGUAAAAGAGGUAUUAUCUGUGCUCCUCUACACUCGCGUUACUCGGACGUGGCGUGACGUUACACUGUGAGAGAAACGAGGGCUAAAAGUUAUAGAUGAUGUACACGAGUGUAUCUUGAAGUAUUUUCAGCCAGGCUAUUGCUUUAACUUGUUCUCCUCUUUCAUUAAACCGGUCUUAAACUGAAUGAACAUUUAAUAUGUAACCCAACACACAGUGGCGAUGAAACACCACCAAUAUAGAAAUAUGAGUCGUCCGAUAAGUUCUGGCACCCUCCUUUUAAAUGGUUUUUAAAGUAAUAAUAAUACCUUUUUUUGUCGAUGUUUAUGGCCGUGGCCUGCCAGUGUUUGUUUCUUUUUUUUUUUUUUGAUUGUUUGUUUGUUUCAAUGGUACAAGUAGUAUCUAUAUACACAUCUCUAAUCAGUGGUUUAAUUUGCAUGCUAACUGCACGAUUCUGCUUCUUUCUUUCUCUCAUUUUGUAUCUAAUUUUCAUUGAACUGAGAAAGUAUCAGUUUAAAUGCUGAAGUAUUGGCUCACAACACAACCGUUUAGUACAUGUGUACUGGACCUGUAUCAUAGAGGAGACUCUAAAGAGAGUCCUGAGCACCUUUUAUCAUUAGUUACUGUGUGUAUCUAAAAUCUUCCAGCAUUAUUUACUUUUUGUUACCUAAAGAACUCUGAUCAGCUUCCUGUGGAAUAAUAAUUGGUGUAUUAUUUGAAAAUCGUUGGAGUUUCCUUUAAUGAAGGCUACAAUAAUGAGCACCCCCCCCCCUCUCUCUGUCAGCCCGUAAGAACACACCUUUCUUGGCGUAGACGUGCACUUUUUUUCCGCCUCCAGUUGGAUGAUGAUUUCUAUUAAUAUUCCUUUUUGUUUCAUGUAAUUUCAGUAAAAUAUAUAAUUUUUUAUUACAGUUAGCAUCAGUUAAUUUACUGGUUAUUUACAGCAUUGCAAACAAGUUUUUAUCAGCUAACACUUUAAUGAGCGUUUUUACGGUUUAUUGCCUGAAUAACGUCUUAAUGUCGGUGGGUUUAAGCCUGUAGUGUUUUUGCUCACACGUCUCUAAUAAUAUUCACACGUCUCCUGGUUAAACUGUGCCAGAACUUCGAAUGAUUAAAGUUAUCCCGAGGAAGAUGAAAGCAGGCUUUAAAAGCCAGAUCUCUAAAGUUUUCCUUCCUCUGAUCAGCCUCUCUUGUCCUUUACCAGUCAGAUUUCAGCUUCCUUCGUGUGAGAGCUCGUACUCCGAUCACGCCGCUGAGAGUCGGACGCUGACAUCAUCACACUGUGUGUUGGAGAGUUAUGUCAUGUUUUGGUAUAUUUCACUUGGAGGCAUCUGUAUGAUGUUUAAUGUUAUGUUGAUUGAUUUGUUCUGUUUAAGAACUGUUUGUGUGUUCUCAUUAAAAAAGUUUUUUUCGGCAUAAA